GAUGAAACUAUAUCAUCGCUUCAACAAUAUAUCAUAAAAUUACAAAAAGAUUUGUUACUUACUCAACAAGAAUUAAUUCGUUGUAACGAAACGUUAGAGCAUUAUAGUUGCUCUUCAAUUGCAAGUAGUCAUAAUGUUGAUAUUAUUAGUCAUCGUCAACAUACAACAAAGUCAAAAACUUGUAUGAAUCCUUUUCAUGAGUUGAAUGAUGGAGAAUUAAGUGGCAGCGAAAGUUGUAGUGGAACUGCGACUUUUCAUAAAACCGAAAGAUGUUUUCAAAAUAUUUUAGAUAAUAUUGGAACUCUCAAAAUUCAAGAAGGUAAUAAUAAUAAUAUGUAUAUUAACUUGCAUCCGGAAUUAAAUUAUUUUACAGAAUACAAAGUUUGGAUCGGAAAUGUCAUCCCUCCUAUUACAAUUCAAGGAUUAAAGUAUAGAUUUGAAGAUGAAUUUGGAGAAGUUUCAUCGAUUGAGCACUAUGCUCCUCAAAAUCAACGUUGA